AUGGUUCUAAUUCCUCAAUCGUUACUUCUAUGCGUUAUUCCAUUUGCGAUAGUGGUGUUCAUCGUGCAGAGACGAGUGUUCCACCCUUUGAGCAAAUACCCUGGCCCCUGGCUCAAUAGCUUGAGCGAAAUCCCGGCAGCAGUUGCACUAGCAGCAGGUCGCCAGCAUGCGUACUACAGAAAACUUCACAGCAAGUAUGGUGCGAUUGUACGAGUGGGCCCGAGUGAGCUCAGUUUUGUGAACUCAGAUGCUUGGAAGAAUAUCUACGACAGAGGUGGUAACUCCAACAUGGAAAAACAUCCAGUUUUCAUUGGAGCAGUUCCAAAGGUCCAAGGGAGUGUUGGAUUGACGAUGGCACCUCUGGCGACUAAGGAUCAUAGUCGCCAUCGCAGAGCUCUAGGACAUUCUUUCACGACUGGCGCGCUCUUAAACCAACAAGAAAUUAUUCUAGGGCAGGUCCAAAAACUCAUGCAAGUGAUGAAAGAUUACGCGGCCAAGGGCGAGCACCCAAACAUGCUACAUUGGUUCACCUAUACCACAUUUGAUAUCAUGGGCGAACUUACUUUCGGGGAGACCUUUGGAUGCCUCGACAAAAAAGCUGAUACUGACUGGUCACUCGCAAUUAUCAAUGUCUUUGUGAGCGGAGCUUGGGAGCAAGCUAUAAGACGACUGACUGGAGUGGACACCUACGCUGAGUCUAUCUUCAAGAAAUUACUUCUUCCAAAGAGCGCAGCACUAUGGCGACGCUUGCAUUUUGAAAAAGCAAAGGUGGCGACCGAGAAACGUAUCAAGGACGGAGAUAGAGACCACAAAGAUCUAAUGUACUUUGUGCUUAAGAGCAAAGAGGCCCGGCAAGACCUUUCAGACAUGGAACUGAUGAUCAAUAUGGUUUUACUCGUGAGUGCAGGCAGUGAAACAACUGCCAGUACCUUGACGCCGUGGGCCUAUUUCAUCAAUGCAGACCGACAUGUCUACAGCCGGGUGGUGGGGGAGAUCCGUGGCAAGUUCAAGAGGGUUGAAGACAUUCGCUGGGCUAAUCUCCAGCCGGACAAUCUGCCGUACCUCCACGCAACGAUCAAUGAGACCUUGAGACUCGUCCCAGCUGCGGCCGUGAGCCAACAGCGAGUAGUUCCGAUAGGAGGUGCUGUCAUAUGUGGCGAGUCUAUACCUAAAGGAUGCACUGUUGCUGUGCCAUCUUUCGCCAUUACGCACAUGGAGUUCAAUUUCGCUCGCCCGAAUGAGUUUUGCCCACAGCGCUGGCUUUCACGCGAUCAUCCUGAUUGGGAUGACCAGUUUGCAGGAGAUAAUUUGGCAGCUUCACAGCCAUUCUCUGUAGGUCCCCGUGCUUGUAUUGGUAAGCAGCUUGCCUAUUUCGAACUUUGCUUGAUUCUUGCCAACUUUAUAUGGAAUUUCGAUUCGGAGCUAGCAGAUCCGAAGGAGUCAAAUAGAUUAUGGUCUACCGAGGAUGAUAUGCGGUGCAUGAAAAGUUAUUUGAGCUGGACAAAGCCGGCUUUACCUUUGAAGCUACGGGAGGUGAAAAGGGAUGCUUAG